AUCGUUGUUAAAAUGUCGUCCUUUUCCGCACAGUCCACCAGUGAAGAAGUCUGCCAAGUCCUGGCGGACCACAUUAAAGGGAGCAAAGUCCUAAUUACUGGUGUCACACUGGGCAGUGUAGGAGGCGAGGCAGCUCUUCAACUGUCCCGUCACCAGCCGGCUCUCCUGGUCCUGGCCGGUCGCAACCUGCAGACUCUCCAGGCUACCGAAAAUGCCAUCAAAGCCGAGACACCGGAUGCAAAUACUCGUCUCCUCAUUCUAGACCUCAGCUCGCAAGAAAGUGUCCGCAAGGCAGCUGCAGAGGUGAAACUAUCCGGAGCGCAUCGAUCAUCUCAUCAACAACGCAGGCAUCAUGGCGGCACCGUACACGACUACUCCAGAGGGAGUGGAACUGCAAAAAUUAUAAGCGGAGGGUCUAAGGUUCGGGUGGUGAACGUCAGCAGUGCUGGCCAUAAGCGUGGACCUGUCAGGUUCGACGAUGUGAAUUUUGAGAACGGGAAGUGCUAUGACAAAUGGCAAGCAUACGGCCAAAGUAAGACAGCUAAUAUGCUCUUUACCGUAUCACUGGCGGAGAAAGCAGGGGAGAAAGGGGUGGAGUCAUUCAGUCUCUAUCCUGGACGACGGGAGACUGGCAUUGGAAGACAUUUGAAGCCAGAAGAAUGGGUCAUGGCUGGAUGGAAACAUGAGGAUGGGAGCAUUAACGAUGACCCCAAGCUGAACUGGAGAACAGCCAGCCAGGGAGCUGCUACCUUGAUUGUUGCGGCAUAUGAUCCAAGCAUUUCUGAUAAAAACGGUUCGUACAUGGUCAAUAACAAAGUAAAUAACGGCGAGGCAGUCGACUACGCUCUGGACCCGAAAUAUGCGGAAAAGCUGUGGAAGCUGAGCGAGGAGAUCGUUGGCCAGAAAUUCGGAUACUGA